CUCAAACAAAUUGAUCCGAGAUGAAAGUUCACUUUAUUUUUGUUUCGGUGGUUUUUUUUUUAAUUUUCGUCGAGUGUCAGCCUCUAAGAUGUCGCACAGAUGAGGGACCAUCCGAAGAAGAUAUAAAGAAAAUUAUUCGAAUUUGUAUGCACAAAGUGGGUGAAAAGGAUACUGACAGUGACUAUAGUGACGAGGAGGGCUCAGAUUCAGAAUAUAGCUAUGAAUCAUCGUCAAACAAACCAAUGAAUCGACCAAAUUUCAAUAGACCCAACUACCAAAAUAAUAUGCAAAAUUAUCCAUUCGCAAUUCCAAACACAAAUAUGUAUAACAAUAAUAAUAAUAACAACAACAACUGGAAUAGUCCGAACAAUAUGGCAAUGGGUAAUAAUAUAGCGAUGGAACAUAAUCAAUUUCGAAAUCCACAUCAGAAUCAGAGCCCUGGUUAUAGCAACAGCUACAACAGUAAUAAAACAAAUUCAAACAACAAUCAAACAGAACAAGAUCGAUCUUGUUUAGUACAUUGUUUUUUUCGCGAAUUAAAAAUGACAAACAAUGAGGAUUUCCCCGAAAAAAGGAAAAUGCUUCAAGUGUUAACGAAAGAUAUACGCGAGCAAGAAGUUCGUGAAUUUUACGUUUCAUCGAUUCAGGAAUGUUUUCAUGUGGUCGAUAAUAUGGAAAACUACAAUCGCCGAAAAAACAAAUGCGAAGUUGCUUUGACCAUCGUCACUUGCCUUACUGAGCGCGCCAAAACGAAUUGCGAAGAUUUCCAUAAUGGCAUGGUGCUAUUCUAAAAAAAAAAUCACAAAGAUGAAGGGACACAUUUCUAUUCUGGAACGAUUCGAUUACUUUUACGGACCAUACG